UUGGAUUGGGUGGGGGGAGGGGGGGGUGUCGGCACGCGCUGAUUGGAAAACGUGAUGACGUGCACGCUCCUUUUGGAAGCUGAGGCUCCGGUCCCGGGGAGGACCGGGGGAGGGUUCUGGUCCUCCGGAUCCUUCCGUUCCGAACUCUCAGAUGUGACAUCAAUAAUUCAGGCGCCGCGCGCAGCUCAGCCUCAGCUCCUCUCACGCGCUAUGAGUUCUGCGACCACCUUCGGUUCGGCGCGAGACUCCUCACGUACCACAGUGACCCAAGAAGAGCGGUUCUGAGAACUGCGACCACCAGGUCCAGAGGAGUCCAGGUCCAGAGGAGUCCAGGUCCAGAGGAGACCAGGACCACAGGAGUCCAGGUGAGAACUGGAGACUUGAGAGAAGAAAAGGCAGGAGAGGCUGUUUAAAACCAGAACCCUGAACCCGGACAGAACUCUGCAGGUCAAACUGAUCCAGAACCUAGAACCCGGACCGAUCUGUGCAGGUUUAGCAGGAGAACAUCUGGAAACUCUAAAAGGAGGACCAGAACCCGCGGAGACGGUCCGGUUCGGCAUGCUGCUCCUCUACCUGUUCAGUGCCGUGUGGAUCGCGGCCAGCCCGGUUCGGGCUCAGAAUGAGACCGAACCCAUCGUCCUGGAGGGGAAGUGCCUGGUGGUCUGUGACUCCAACCCGACCUCGGAUCCCACCGGGACCGCGCUCGGGAUCUCCGUGCGCUCCGGCAGCGCCAAGGUGGCGUUCUCUGCGCUCCGGAACACGAACCACGAACCGUCCGAGAUGAGCAACCGGACCAUGGUCAUCUACUUCGACCGGGU